AAACAACAAGAAAAGGGAAAGUGUUAGAAACGUCAAAAUAUGAAGUAGUAUUGCAGAAGAUCCAAUUAUUGCAAAUUUCCAAUCAAAGUGAAAAAUCAAUAGAGAUGUUCUGUGCUUUAACAUAACUUUAACUCUUUCGGUUACCAUUAUUGUUGGAAUGAUUAAGUGUAGUAACCAUGACUUUAUUAUAAGAUAAAUUAUUUAUCAUUAUAUAUAUCAGCAAACUUCUUGGAGCCAAUUGCACAAAGUGAUCUCAAUAUCCUUUCAUGUUCUUAUAUAUUUUGAUAGAUAUAACUUGCUAUGGCUUCUUACAGUUUCCUCUUGUUCAUCAUCUUCAUUGCUUCCACUCCAAUAUUUCUUAAAACUAAUGCUAAACUCUCUCCAAAACACUACUCAAAAACAUGUCCAAAUGCACUUUCUAUUGUAAAGGCAGGUGUUAUAGCAGCCAUCAAAAAGGAAACACGAAUUGGUGCUUCCUUACUCCGCCUACAUUUCCAUGAUUGCUUUGUGAAUGGCUGUGAUGGUUCAAUACUUUUGGAUGAUACAGCCAACUUCAUUGGUGAGAAAACUGCAGCUGCAAACAACAACUCGGUCAGAGGAUUUGAAGUGGUUGACGCCAUUAAAGCCAAGCUCGAAAAAGCAUGCCCCAAAGUGGUGUCCUGUGCUGAUAUCCUUACUUUGGCUGCACACGACUCUGUUGUUUAUUUAGGAGGUCCUUCAUGGAAAGUUGGUUUGGGAAGAAGAGAUUCUACAACUGCUAGCAGGAGUGCUGCAAACAACUCCAUCCCUGGUCCUACUUUUAGCUUAAGUGCUCUGAUAUCAAGCUUCUCUGCUGAGGGACUUUCUUUAAAGAAUUUAGUUGCUCUUUCAGGUUCACACACCAUUGGCCUGGCUAGAUGUACAACUUUUCGGUCACGUAUCUAUAAUGACACUGCCACCAUUGAUGCUUCAUUUGCCAAAUCAUUGCAGAGAAAAUGCCCAAAAAGUGGCAAUAAUAACAAACUUGCAGAUCUUGAUCUCCGAACCCCUUUCCAUUUUGACAACUUUUACUACAAGAACUUGGUGAAAAAUAAAGGUCUUCUUCAUUCAGACCAGGCUCUAUACAAUAGAAGUUCUGCUGAUUCUCUGGUCAGAAAAUAUGCAACGGACACUGAUGCAUUCUUUAAAGACUUUGCCAAAGGCAUGAUCAAGAUGGGAAAUAUCAAACCUCUCACAGGAAGCAAAGGUCAGAUCAGAAUCAAUUGCAGAAAAGUUAAUAGUUGAUGAUUAAAAUUAAGGAGAGUUUGAUGUAUUUGUUAGUCAUUAUUUAAACACCAAGUUUGUGGACCAUAAAUAUGCAUGUAUCAGUAUAAGGUUAUUUGUCACCAUGAAUGUCGGUCAAUAGACAACUUUUUUUCUUUUUUGGUGAAAGUCAAUAAACAACUUUGUUAUAUAUAAAGUUUUGUGAUUAAAUGUAA